AUGUCUGUAAACGGGGCUCCGGUUGGUGAUCUGACGGUGACCCGGCUCCUUUUUGUCGUUCAGCGUUUGGCUUCUUUGCUGAUCGUGACCCAGCUGGUGAACCAGGUGACGGAGGUGGUCAUUCCCUUCCUGGUGGACCGCUUCAUCAGCGCCCCCAACAGGAAGGAGAGCGAGGACGACUCGGAGGAGGACAAAUUCAGGAACCAAAGCGCCCUGCCUCCGUUCCCUGGGCUGUUUGCGGAGUACAUCGAGCUCCUGGUGCAGUUCGGCUACCUGAGUCUGUUCUCCUGCGUUUUUCCUCUGACCGCUGUCCUGCUGCUGCUCAAUAAUCUGACCGAGAUUCGGUCCGACGCCUACAAGAUCUGCAGGCUCUUCCGAAAGCCCUUCUCCCCCCCCGUGGCCAACAUGGGCGUCUGGCAGGUGGCCUUCGAGGUCCUGAGCUACGUCUCCGUGGUGUCCAACUGCUGGCUGCUGCUGCUGUCGCCACGGUUACAGAGGCUGCAGGAGGAGGGCGGAGUCAGCGGCACCAACAUCCUGCUGGCGGCCGUCGGGGUGGAGCACCUGCUGAUCAUAAUAAAGCUCAUCAUGGCGGCGCUGAUCCCAGACGAGCCGGGCUGGAUCCGAAAAAAGAGGGAGCGCAUGGAGUACAGGUCCAUGAGGGCCCUGAGACAGCAGCAGGGAGAAGAGUCCUAACCCCGAUUCCAGGUCGGUGUUUUAGGGACACCGGAGGGGAAAAUCCUCAAUCCUCAAAGGGGAGGAGAAGAGCUUAAGGAGGGCCCCAGACCCCAGUGUUUUUGCUGCCUUCACACGCUGCUUAUGUGCACACUCAAUGCUAUCCAGCUAAAAAAGCAGCUAACAAAAUGGCGGAAAAGUGUGUUUCGAAUAUUGGACAGUGAAAGGAAUGUCGUGGCCCAGUUGGUAGCUUUAAUGUGACUGAUUUGUGUAUCAUCCACAUGUAGAAAGGGACACACAGGACAUGGUAGUCAUGCGUAUCCAGCACCAAAAGGCUGAAAGACUUCUUUUUUUAUGCGCUAUCACGAGCUGCUUUAAAGUAUUCAGAUUAAUAAUUACAUAACAAUAGCUACCAGCAACAUCUGGAACAUGUUGCACAAACUCCAAAAGUUUGUUUGCCAUUUCCCUGGUUUAUUUAUGGGAAAACGCUUAAAUAGUACAAAUCUGUGAGUGGCAAAGCAACCUUUCUGAUAGAGGUGCGUGAAUUGAAAUGGAAGUGGCACUGAUUUAUUUAAAGGAUGGGGAUUAAUUAGUCCGAGGGGUUUCGGAAGGACAGUAAACAAACGGUAAAAAACAGUUUUCCAUGCUCAUUUUGUCAGAAAAGAGACAGGAUGGAAGACUGUUGGAAAAAUGGCUUUAAUAUCCACACAACAGUAUGUUGUUGUUGAAAGAGGGAAGUGGAAGCAUGAUGGUUUGGGCUGGCUUUGCUGCUUUAGCCCUGGAGGGCUUGUUCGCUUUAGCUAUAUUUACAUGGACACAAGCAUAACGUUUGAAAACGUUUUUUUUUAUCAUUUAAACACGGAAAUCUGAGUGUUUUGAAAAUAUUUCUUUCACAUGGGAAGAUAAUGCAUACAUUAUUAACAAUAAGUGAAAUUCAGGUAGAUAUUACACUUACUGCGCAUGCUCGUACCGUCCGGCGUACGUUCGAUUCAACGUGACGUAAAGACGCAUCUUCGCUUCAUCGUUGCAGCGAGAGGAAGAAGUGGCGGGAAAACAAAACUGGUUGAUAUCCGAUACAUGUAAAAUUAACAUGUAAUUAAUAAACAUCUCAACGGUAAAAGCAAAAGAAAAACCAAACUGUUCAUUAGUGUUGGUUGAGGAAAGCGACAAUGCUUGUUUACAUCGGAAAUCAAACUUUCUUCUUCUACUGUUUCCGGAGAGUCUGACCCUUCUGCGCAUGUCAGAACGGUUUCUGUUCAAAUAUGUCAACGAUGUAAACAUAAAUUCUAAUCUAAAUAACAUUUUCAGGAGACAAUGUAAACAGGGCAGUUUUCUUGAAAUUGUAACCCCCAAUUUAACAAAUUUGACAGGUGUUAAAGAGGCAACCAACCUGAGCAAAUCAAUUAGAUAAAUAAAUUAAUGACAAAAUACUGCCUGUGUUGAACGGUCCCGGUACAAAGAAAUCAUAUCAGAUCACUUUGCAGAUCUAAUAUGAAAAUGAAUACAUUCACUUAUUUAUUCACUAGUGAGUCACAUAAAAGCACACUUCUCUCACUCACUGAUGUGCAAUUCUGCCCCAUUUCCAUCAAUACAUUAGCAAUUAACUCACCCUAUCUUAGGUCUGUGUGAAAGCUUGAUGAUUUGAGUGAUAUUUAUGCAGAAAUAAAACUUUCAAAUCCCA